GAUAUAUUUUAUGUUCAAUCAAUUAAUGCAGUGGCCCAUAUACAAACGACGCCGUUUUGUUAAUUAUUCUUUAUGUUGAAACUUUUCAUUUGCGUCCGCUUCAGGAGAAACAAAUUUUGAAAUUAGAAAAUACCAGUACGAAGAGCUGCGUUGAAGGCAGAACAUUUAGAAUAUGAAUUCAUGCGUUUUGCCCACACCCGUGCCCGACGAUGAUGGUGACAAACGCUGGCAUAGCAUUCAUCGUCGGUUUAUUUCCGAUUGCCGCGAAAAAGAUCCCGACGUAAUUUUUCUAGGAGAUUGCAUAUUUGAGACGCUACAAGAUAGCGAGACGUGGAAUCAGUAUUUUGCACCAUUGCAUUGCCUCAACUUCAGUAUACGGGACGAUUGCACCGAACAUGUUCUAUGGCGUAUCGAAAAUGGAGCGUUGGACAAUGUUAAUCCGAAAAUAGUUGUUCUGCACGUUGGUACCAACAAUGUCAACAGCAGUGCUGACGAAGUAGCCGAAGGUAUUCUCGCAAAUGUCGCAAAAAUACGCCAGAAACUCAACGGUGCCUAUGUCAUACUUCCUUCACUGCUCCCACGAGGUCAACAACCUAAUAAACUUCGCGACAAAAAUGCCAAAAUUAACGAAUUGGUUAAAGAGAUGACUAAGGGCAUGGAUCGCGUACAGACAGUUGCCAUCGACAAGGGUUUGGUACAGGGUGACGGUACCAUAAGUCACCACGAUAUGUUCGACUACAAAAACCUUACGAAUACCGGAGCCAAAAAAAUUCUCGAACCGCUUUACGAAUUGCUUUCGCAAAUCCUCAACGAAAAUGAGCUGGAACGCGAUCUAACUCCAUCGGAAUAGGAAAAGUGGCAAAAAAUGGACUAAUGUACGAACACAAAUCUCAACGAUAUUAAACGGAACACAAAUUUAGCUAUGUACCCAAAUCGUAUGAAGCAUUCAGUGUGGAGCUGAUAAAACUAUCCAAAAAAUCAACCAAGUUUUCUUAACCGAUUAAAAACAUUGCAAAAUAAUACCAUAUCCCAAAAUUAAUUUAUAGUCUUCAUUUCGUUCACUUCACAUGCAUACAGUCGCGGCGUAGAUAAGGCACGCAAAAUCUGAAUUUUUAAAUGUAGAUAUUAUUUACAUCCAUACAUUCAUGCAUAUACAUACCAUAGCCUACCAAUGGCAAACAUUCCCAAAAACAUUAUAGCAAUAAUAUUAUAAUUAAUUGAGUAAAGUAAAUAUUUGUAUGCGCUGAAUACAGAAGUUACUCACGCGGUCAUAGCUCAGAUUAAGUACAGACUGAGUGAUAUAAAAUAAACGAUUUUUGAGCUUUCUUA